CAAACUGUUAUGUAGCGGUAUGAACCUGUGAAUGGACGAUUAGCGACGCCUCGCGGAACCCAUGCCUUCUACUUGCUGAACAUAAAAGCUCGCCCGUCUUUCUAGCUUUCCCCUAAGCAACAGACCAGUAUACCGACUAGUGAGUGUCUGGCAACUCAUUCGUCUCCAUAAUUGAUCACCACCCGUGACAGAGUCGAACUGAUCCACCAGAUUGCAGUAACGUCAUGACUUCUGGAUCUUCUACAAAGCCGACCCUUGAGGAAGCUUCAACCUCAGCGCAAGCCAAAGUAUCAACUACAAAGCACGAGUUCGAAGGACACAAUAAGGCGAUUUGGAGUUUCGUUUUCUUGCACGACAAUGUCCACAUCGUGAGUAGUUCAGAAGACGGCACUAUGCGCAAGUGGAACUGCGACACGGGACUUGUUGUCGGGGAACCAUGGAAAGGGGAGGGAGGAGGCAUAUAUGCACUGGCACUUUCACCGAACGGGAAGACAAUUGCGUGUGGGAGAGAGGACGGAACUGUUCAGCGGUGGACUACCAAUGGAGAGAUGAUCGAAUGCGUUUGGACGGGUAAUGGCAAGAAGGUGUGGUCGCUCUCGUGGUCACCCAACGGAAAACAAAUCGCCAGCGGGUCCGAAGAUGGAACAAUUCUGAUUCGCAAAGCAAAAAGCGGAAAAAUCAAGGUGGGCCCGAUAGAGACGAAGCAGGACAUUGUGCGGAGUCUCGCAUAUGCGCCUUCUGGAAAGAGAAUCGCAUCAGGUGGGGGCGACAAGACAGUUUGCAUCUGGAACAAGAAGACUGGCGAGCUCGUUGUCGGCCCUAUCGAAGACCAGCUGGGGUUCCCUGUAACGUCCUUGGUGUGGUCGUCAAACAGCAAGAAACUCUAUUCCGCAUCCGACAAAUUGGCACGUGUUUUCCAGAGCAAAUCAGGAGCAGUACUCCAUCGCUUCCAGCACGACCAUGCUCUCUAUGCCAUCGCACUUUCACCCACACAAAAUGUACUUGCGUGCGUAGGCACAAACGGCAUUGCACAACUAUGGGACACAAAAUCCCACCAGCCACUUGGCCCGCCAUUGCCCGAGAAUCGUACAAACCUUUUCUGCGUAUCCUUCUCUCGAGACGGGAAAUACCUAGUAUAUGGCGGAGACUACGGGAAACUCACUCUAUGGACGGUCAAAGACAUAGCUCCUCAGCUUCCAGCACUUUCACUACGUGGCAGACGCAGUACACAACAGGAAACUCGGUCCAAUUCCACAUCAUCAUACCUCGACGCUGACGCUAAGGGGUGUGAUGAGUUUAUCGAGGAGGCGCACGAUGACACAUUCUUCCAGUCUUCGCAACAAUAUCUUCCAUCGCCGUCGCCUGGCUUCCACCUCCCUUCCUUAUUUUCGGCUCGCCCCCUUUGGAAUGCUAUCUUUCCACGUCGCCCACCGCCAGACGAGUCUGUUCCACAAGAACGCUCCAAGCGUGAUUUCUUCAGUCGUCGCGUUCGCUCAAACUCGUCACUGGAGCUCGCAACCACGAAACACAGCCGACUAGUGCCAGAAGGCGAAUGCGAAGGUGAACAAGGUGAAAGUAUUGAUGAUCGCGGUCACUCUGCGCCAGAAAGGAUAAAGGCAAACAGCGAAAUCAACCUCGCGCCGAUGAGCAGGGCCCGCCGUCUUAUGAUCGCACUCCCACCGCGUGCCUCGAUAGCAAAGAUCGUCGAACAAUCUUGGAACGACUACUGCAGUUUCGAGGGGGAAAAACCCAUACAUUCCAGCACUCGACUUGCAAAUGCGCCCCAACCAAUACUACGCCAGCUCUGGCACUGGAAUUCCAGCUUAUUUCCCGUAAGAUCUUCCAGACGUCCCGUCGAUGUUGUUGCUUGGCGCGAUGAAGACAAAUAUGCUAUUGCCCCUGGAUCUAACGCAGAAGCGGCUCCAACCAUACUACGCACCAAUGGCGAUGUGGUCGACAAUUCAACGCGACCAGACCAACCUGCAAUGGGGGCACCUGUGCCUCGAGGACGGCUCACACAAAUACAAGCCUCGACAAGCGGACUAGAAGAAAUCGGAGUCAGCUGCUGUGGAUUUUUCUUUGGCCAUCGUCGUCAUUCCAACUAGUCAUGAAUUCAUUUACUAAGACACUAUCACUCGAUAAUUUUUUUAUGUAUGUUGUAUAUGGACUACAUAUCUCAUACCCACUGAGCCCACUGUUAUAUUUACCUAGC